AUGACAAAUAUAUCCCAGCCAGCAGUUGUCGGUCUGCAACACUCUCCGGCAGUUUUAGGAUCGCACAACCCAAAAGCUGCCUUUCAAAGCGCUGUCUCUACUUCGCCACCCUAUUCACGCCAGCCCACAACUGGGCCGGAUACCAAGCUGCUGCAACGCAGGGCUCAUGACCGCCACGUUUUCGCUGCUGCGGUGACAUCCAUAGUUUCCCUCGUGACGAUUUUGGCUAUAUUGGCUGUGUGUCGGACGGCUCAAAGGAAAUUAGAUUCCGGAGCAGCAGUACGGCGCAGUCUGUCUAGUUCGGAUGAUGAUCAGCAGCAGUCCCAGAUUUCGCAGCAAUGUCUGGAUUUGUUGGAGGAUCAUACCCUUGGGCAACCUGUUUCGGCGUAUCGUGAGGAGGCGAACGAAGCAAAGGCCAGACUGGUCGCCAUGAUGUAUGAGUCUGCAGCUUCUUUUGAACGGAAGCGCAGUAAUAAUUCACAGGGCUUGAAAGAUGAACAUCAACAGCCCCCAGCUAAGGUUCCUCGGUUUGAUGAGAGACUGGACUCCUCCACCUCCCACCUACAGCCGUUGCAGUCCUUGGCAUUUUGGCCAGAAGUUGGUGGAACAGCAGUGGACAGUGUGCACAACGCUUUGGAUGCAGAUGCCUGGGUGAAAACAGAGCCUGAGUUAGCUUUUGGCGAAGACAAGCAGCAACUGCUCCUUUCGACGCUGAACAAGGUGUCCUCCUAUCAACAGGAUGCAUCAGAAUCUCAAGCCCCUUCGUCGACAUCUGAUGCAAAGCCAGCUACUGGUCAGCUGGCCUCAGUGUCUUUUGGCAGUGCAUUCAGCGGUGAACCUAUACCUCGUGAAGCGUGGCUCUACGAGCCAGGAGUGAGCGCGUAUCCAACGGUUUUUCAGCAGAGUGCACAGAGAACUGUGUGGCAGAGCGCAAAGGCUGAGGCAGCGUCAGCAGCUCCCAUCAGUGCGGGUGCUGUGGCUGUUAGCACCACAACAGAGGUUGGAGGUAUAGGGGGCCGAGGGAUUGCUUCUGCAGACGUUGGUUGGAAGGGAGGACUGCCGCAACAGGGAGUGCAGAAUCUUGAAAACGAUGGACAGGCCUCUGAUAUUCCUUUGAUUGGUUUGCAGCAGUCAGCAGCUGCCAAUAUGUGGGAAGCCAGUAGUCGAGAAGAGAUAUUCUGUGAGCCGGGAGAUAUUCGUAUGCAUCCUUUUGUACGGCUUCCAGUGGCAAAGGGAUUGCCCCCUAACAGAAGAUUCCGUGCGCAAUUUGCACUUUCGUUCAGUUUAAGCAUUCGUAGUCCGAUGGAAUCAUUCAAGAAAAUGCGCAGCUUAUUUUUAAAGCCUUCGCUGACGGUUGACGACGUAGAGGCACUCGUGGGGGAAGCCGAAAUGUUGGCAAACUAUGCAAAAUGCAGACUAUCAGGGUCUUAUGAGAACUGUACUGCUAGCUACAUUGUCAUGAGACUGUCAUCGUUGUUGAUGGUAUUUGACUUUCUGGUAGGUACAAUUGAGAUCGUAGGGGAAGUGAUGAACACCGGCAGCUGGUGGGCUGAGUUUGCGCAGAAGUUCCGCUCGGAUUAUUCCUUUCCUACGAAGGGAAGGACGAGCAGAAGCAGGAUGCUGAACAUGCUGGUUAAUCGGAUGUCUUCUGCUAUUUCGAUAUAUAAGACCGGAAAACGCCCACCACCUGAAGAAGUAGUUGAACUAAAGAGGAUCAUAAUCACCCAUGCUUACAAAAACACGCAGAUGUCACACCCGUUCUGGCAGCUAUGGAUACAGGAUGAUGAAGAAUUCUGUUGUUCUACUACUGCUAGCCCAAAUCCGUGA